UCAAUGGGUAUGUUCCAGAUUUUAAAGUUUUAUUAUUGCAUGUUACAUUAGCAGUAAUAAUUUUUUUUGGUAAAAUUUGUAAGUUUAUAUGACAUUUUUUUAUAUUAAUAUCGUGAGUCAUAUAAUUGUCUUUCUAUGCUUAGCUUCGAAUCAAUAUAUUGGCAAGAUGUUUAUAGUCUUUGUUACUUAAAAAUGACUUAUUUGAAAUACAGGUAUCGCCAUUGGUGUUUUGACUGUUUUGGUGAGUAGCUCUUGGUUGUAUUGGAUUUUCAACAAAAGAAAGCACAUGAAGCUUAAAGAAAAGUUCUUCAAGCAAAAUGGUGGAUUAAUAUUGAAACAACAACUCUCUAGACUAGAGAGAUCGACUCAGGAAAUGGUCAAAAUCUUUACUUUAGAAGAGCUCAAGCGGGCUACCGACAACUACGAUGACAAUAGAAUUGUUGGCAGAGGAGGUUUUGGAACAGUUUAUAGGGGAAUUCUAGUUGAUAACACGACAGUGGCCAUCAAAAAAUCGCAAAUUAUGAAUCAAAGUCAAAUAGAGCAAUUCAUCAAUGAGGUGGUUGUGCUUUCACAGAUCAAUCAUAGGAAUGUGGUCAAACUCUUAGGUUGUUGUUUGGAAACUCAAGUCCCUUUACUCGUCUAUGAAUUCAUCACUAAUGGCACUCUCUUUGAGCAUAUACAUAACCACUUCAAGGCGUCUAUAUCAUGGGAAAAUCGUUUGCGAAUAGCUGCUGAAACUGCUGGAGUAUUGUCAUAUUUGCACUCUGCAGCAUCGAUUCCUAUUAUUCAUAGAGAUGUUAAGUCUACGAAUAUACUCUUAGACGAUAACUACACUACAAAAGUGUCAGACUUUGGAGCAUCAAGGUUGGUUCCACUAGACCAAGAUCAAUUAGCAACGGUGAUGCAAGGAACUCUUGGAUACUUAGACCCUGAGUACAUGCUCACAAACCAAUUGACAGAAAAAAGUGAUGUUUACAGCUUCGGAGUAGUCCUUGUGGAGUUAAUCACUAGAAAGAAGGUGUUGUCAUUUGACAAGCCAGAGAAGGAGAGGAGUCUAGCUAGAUAUUUUCUUUCGUGUAUGAAAAAUGAUCGAUUGUUGCAUGUUACUGAUGAACAAAUAGAAAUUGAAGGAAUUGUUGAGGAGCUCAUAGAAGUAGCUAAUAUUGCAAAGAGGUGCUUAAUAGUAAAAGGAGAGGAGAGGCCUACUAUGAAGGAAGUAGCAAUGGAAUUGGAGGGGUUGAUCAACAAAAAGAUGAAGCAUCCAUGGGUUAAAAUUGAUUUGAAUGGUGAAGAGAGUGAGCACUUGCUUGGUGGGAAGUUAAGUGGGUUCGAGUUAGAUUGUACUACUAGUAGUAGUAACACAACAACAACUGGGUACGAUAGUGUGAGGGCACAUAUGAUGUUGCCAAUGGAUGAUGGGAGGUGAUUUUUUUGUACUGUUGAGUCCACAAUGAUAACAAAUUGGGUGAUGGUUUGUUAUUACUGUCUUUUCUGU